AUGAUGAAGGCGCCAAAAUGCGUCGAGAAUAUCGACGAAUGCAAUGAUCUUGUUAUCUCUUGGAUAUUAACUUCUCUGGAACCUUCAAUUGGAAGGAGUGUGUUGAAUCUUAGAACAGCAAGGGAAAUUUGGCUUAAUUUAGAGAAGAGGUUUUUCCAGUCUUCUAGUCCUCAACUAUACACUAUUCAACAACAAUUCAGUGAUCUAAGUCAAGAACAGAAUGAAGAGAUAUCGAGAUUUUUCACUAAAAUCAAACUAUUGUGGGAUCAGCUUGAUGGAUUAGAUCAUAUUCCUGCCUGUACAUGCACUAGAUGUAGUUGUACUCUUACCUUGAAGUUACUGAAGAUACAACAGAACCAAAGGUUGAUACAGUUUUUGAUGAAACUAAGCCAGAAAUUUGAUCACUCUAAGAGCACUAUACUCAUGAUGAAUCCACUUCCUACAAUCUCUAAAGCUUAUGGUCUGCUACUUCAAGAGGAACAACAGAAGGUAGUUUACACAAGCAGAACACAGCUUACAACAGAAUCUGCAGCACUUGCAACUAGGAGAUUCAAUGACAACAAGCCUUAUAAAAGUCAGUAUACACCAGGUACAAGAAACGUCCCACAGAACUCAACCAACCAGUCUAGAAACUUCAGUUACAACAGAAACAACUUAUUUUGUGAACAUUGCAAAAUGAAAAAUCACACAAUAGACAAAUGUUGGAAGUUGCAUGGUUAUCCAAAAGAUUUUAAGAAUAAAGGCAAGAGAGUGGCUGCAGCAGCUCAGCUAGAGGAUUAUGUAAACAAGGAGAACCAAUCUGAAGAUAAUCCAGGAGUCAUACAUGCUACUUUCACUGAAGAACAAUAUAAUCAGCUAAUGAAAUGUUUCAACAUUCAACAUGUUUCUAACCAAGCUGAGAAUCAUGGCUCUAGCUCUCUUGGUUUAGCAGCCACUUCUCAAUUCAAAGGUGUACAUUCUGCCUCUAAUCUGAUUUCAAAAGAAAGUGGAUCCUAG